AUGGAUGAACGCAACGAAAGCAAUUUUCAAAGCCUAAUUAAGGCUAAGAUUAACAUUUGGGGUCCAGAGCCCACAAUACAUCUGAACGCUGCACCUGGAGUUCACUUGGAUGGACAGAGGAGUUCAUCCACGGGUGAUGUUUUAUUUCUGUACGACAUUGACCUGACAUCUGAAGGCUAUUACAAAUGUGAAGUCAGUGCUGAUCACACUUUCCAAACGGUCCGAAUGGACAGCUAUAUGACAGCAAGUGUCUCACUCCCUGUCCACUGUUGCAAACCAAAUGCCAUAUUAGCGUUGAAAGCAUUCGUUCCGCCGACAAAACCACCGCUCAUUGAGGGCUACAAAACAUUUUACGCGAUCGGAGAAGUCGUCACAUCUUAUUGCAUUGCCUCCUACUCUAAGCCAAAGUCAAGAAUCAAAUGGUAUAUCAAUGGAGACGAAGUGCCAGAUUAUUAUUAUAUCACGUCUAAUACAACCGAUGAAGACAUUUCUGGCAUAAGUUUCACACUCGAGGAAAGGCAUCUCAUAUCGGGAAGACUUGUUAGCAGUCAGGAGACUAUAAUUAACGGCACAAAUGAAUUAGAAAACGUUCCGUUAAUUUCUGGUCUGAAAUCAAAUUACAUGUUAGGAGACUAUCUGAACGUUAACUGCACUAUACGUCAAAUGAUUUAUGAAACAUCUCAGCCCCGACUCGAAUGGUUUAUUCAUAAUCAAAAGCCGAACGCAGAUUUUGUGAGACAUUAUGCCAUUAAAAAUAUAAUAGGAUUGCGAUUCCGUAUAAUGCAAUACCAUCUCAACAAUAACAGCAGUCUUUUUAUCAAAUGUAAGGCCACACAACUUAGCCGGAGCAAGAUCCUCAACUCCAAGCCAGUCAAGACAAAUGAUGCCCUCUCUGUCAUAAUUAAUGCUAAUCACAUGAUGGGCACAAAUGAUGCGCUCAUCUCAGCCUCAAUACUGGUAUAA